GUAUAUAUCUAUAUCGACGAUAUUAUUAUCGCUAGUAAGAAUAUAGAAGAAUACCUUAAGUAUAUUAAGAUAGUCCUCGAUAUCCUCAACAAGGUAUACGUUUAUAUUUUAGUAGAAAAAUCCUUUAUAGCCUACCUGUUAGUAAAACUCUUUAGCUAUAUAGUCAAUGGCGAAAGAGUAGCUAAGAUGGACGAUAGGAUCGCUAUAUUUAAGAAACUUAAGUUCCCUAAUAUCCUUAAGACCUUGGAAUAG